UGAGUGAGUUGCUGCAGUUUUAAUGAUUUCCGCCGGCAUAUAUGCUGAAAGACGAAUAAAAAAUGUCGGACAUGGACGGCAUUUAUUCGGUGCGGCUGGUGAUUGCCGAUUUUUAUAUGGAAAAGCCGGUGUUUGGUCUCGAUCCGUGUUACUCGGAGCUGCGCGGCAAGGAAAUUAAGCGCGUGCCCAUUGUGCGCGUAUUUGGCGCGAAUGCCAAUGGCCAGAAAUGUUGCAUGCAUGUGCAUGGUGUGUUUCCCUACUUUUACAUACCCUACGAUAAGCGGGACUUUGAAACUGUGGAACGGGGCAUAUUGCAAAUAGCGAUGCAUUUGGACAAGGCCAUCAAUAUAUCCCUGGGACAGGGCAGCUCCAAUGCGCAGCAUGUUUUUAAAAUACAAUUGGUUAAGGGAAUUCCCUUCUAUGGCUACCAUCGCGCGGAGCAUCAGUUUUUCAAGAUUUUCAUGUUCAAUCCCCGCUUUGUGAGACGCGCUGCUAAUUUAUUGCAAAGCGGCGCAAUAUUGAGCCGAAAUUUCAAUCCACACGAAUCGCAUGUACCCUACAUUCUACAAUUCAUGAUCGAUUACAAUUUGUAUGGCAUGAGUUACUUGCAUGUGCCGCUUGAGGUUGUCAAAUUUCGUCGGCAAACAGAGGAAGAUGUUGUGGCCUAUGCGAAUGUGAAGCCCCAGCAGCUCCUGGAUCCCAGCUCUGUCAAAAAAGUCGCCUGCAGUGCUUUAGAAGUAGAUAUCAGUUCAAACUUUAUACUGAAUCGUUUUCAGUUGGUUACCAAAACGAAUUCAACGCACACGAAUCCCGGCAUUGAGGCCAUCUGGCACGAUGAGCUUGUGCGCAGACAAAAGCUGGCUGAGAGCUAUGGAGGAGAUAGCCAGAAACUAAAUGCGCUGCCUGUGCUGCAAGUGCCGCCCACGCAGGAACGUCCGCAUGUGGAAAUAGCAGAGAGCCAUAACUUUUAUCGUGCUGCUCUGGAGAGCAAGUUGCUGUCCUUGGACCAAACAGUCAGCGGCGAGCAAACUCUGGCCGAUCAAACACAGAUCAGCAAUAUAAAUAUCACGCUACAGACCAGCGCCAAGGAGCAGCGUCGUCAAUUCAAUUUGCAUAAGCUUUUGGUCAAUGCCGUUUAUCCCGAGGAAUGCAGUCAGGAGGCCCAAGACCAGUUGAUCAAUGCUUCAACUAUACAAAAUCAUCUAUCGGGCAGCGGAAGUGUGCCCAGUCUAGGGCAGGACGUCGAGAAUGAGGAUGAUGCUGCCUUUCUGGAUGAUACGUUAGUGGAUGAGGAACUGCAGCAACAAGCCAAUGGUCCAGUGCCACAUGAUGCUACAUUGCGGGAAGAGGAUUUGGAGCUGUUGGACGUCCUGCAACAACUGGAGGAGGAGAAUGCAAAUGAAUCGCACAUCGAUUUGGACAGUUCACUAGCGCCGCUCUCGCAACAGCACAAACAGUUCGAGCUAACGCCGGAGUUGCUGGACAAACAAACAGCUGCAGCAGCCACACAGCAGCCACUGUCCGAAGACGAGAGCGACAACUCGGAUGAAGAUAACGCAGCUGGCAAUGCGCAUGACUUUUCCGUUGCUUUGGAUGACAUCGAUGAGCUGCUGCUUAAGCUCAGCCAGAGUCAGAGUGUGCCUGGCCCAGCGACCAGUCAGGAGCGUGAAAUGCCGCAAAUCGAUGGGGCCGACGAUCAGCUGCAGCGGACGCCGACUAAAGUUAAGAGUAGAACACAACAACGGACUCCACCACGCACACCGACCACGCCCAAGGGUCGCAUAAGCAGGCAGCAGCCACGCACGCCCAAGUCUAGUGUGGCCAAGAAAUAUGCACCGUUACCUUUGACUAUAACGAGCAGAUCUGCACAGAAACAGGAGCAGGAGAAGGAGGCAGCAGCUGUUGUGCCAGUGCCAGCGAGCAGUGCCAUCAAGAAGCGUUUGAGCCAGCAGCUUGAGUCGAACGUCCAGAGUCCAGCUAUAUCGCUGCGCAAGAAGGUGGCCAUGUCCGAGCUGCGCCGAAAGACCAUUUCAGCAGACUCUUUCGUAGAACUGAAAGCUCAACGGGAUGAUUCAACUCCUCCACGUCGCAGCACGCGCCGCAGCACUCGUAAUUUGGACAAAACGCACAUUACGUGCUAUCUGACGCCGCGCCAGAAAAGCACACGCAUUUCUGAAGUCUUUGCAACAGAGGAAUCACUGAUGGAGCAGAAGCAACCACGUCGCAGUAGACGCAAGCAAGCUAAACAAGCUGAAGAGGAUCAAACGACUCCUAAGGCAAAAAUCAAUUUGAAAAAGAUUAGCCCGGUUGCAGACUCUCCUGCUGCCACUAGCGAUGAUGAGGCUAUUGUAUCUGAUACGGAGAGCGACAGAUCUGUGGCCAGACCCAAUCUAAGACGAUUACGAAGGAGUUUUCGCGAAUCAUUGCUGGCCAAACGAGUGACACCGCAGAGUAAAAUAACAAACUGUCAGUCAUCAGACACACCAGAGAGUGGAAGGAGUAAAAGUCCGGAAAGUCCAAUGGCUCAAAAUGUAAGGAUUCAUACUAGAGUCAGUGCAGCUGCAGAGACGCCACUGUGUCGAACUGCAACAAGUCCAACACCAGCGAAUACAAAGAAUCAAGCAUCAAGUCCAACGCCAAAGAGUUCUAAGAGUCCAGCUGCAUCGAGUUCCAUGCCAGAGAAUCAAAAGGCAUCAAGUCAGACUUUGUCAAAUCCAAUGCCAGAUAGCUCUAGCAGUCCAGCUACAGCAAGUACAACGCCAGAAAGGUCUAGGAGUCGAGCUGCAUCCAGUUCUCGUCGAAUUCGAGAGACUCCACUGGGUCAAAUUGUAGCAAGUCCAAUGCCAGAAGGAGCAAGUCCAGCGCCGGAGAGUAGCAGUAGUCGAGCUGCAGGCUCAAGUGCUAAAAGUCAAAUCUUGGCAAGUCCAAUGCCAGUGAGAUCGAUGAAUACAUUAAGUCAAUUAUCAACACCUGUGACUCCUAAACAAGCUUUAAAAGUUGGCGCAGCAGAUGAAACGGCAAGGGAAGCCGUUGACACUCCAGAAUGUAGUCCACGAAGUACAGAUAACAAUACGCCCGAGCUGAUGAAGAGUUUCUACGAGCACUCGUUGAUCAUAAACAGCCCAUCCGUAUUCAGCGAUGACAUCGACAGUCCACAGUCGUCGGCACAAAUUAAGCUGGAGGCCAAGGCCAAUGAAACUUCAACAAACCCGGCAGAUCCCAACGCAUUUGUGAUAACUCCCUUGGAGCUGCCGCCCAGCUAUGAGGAGGUGUUGCACAGCUGCCGCAAAUUGGAUAUACCCGAGUAUGUGUUCCAGCAGCCCUUCUAUAGCAAUCCUGCGGAUGUUAACAAAAUGACCGAGGUGGGCUUUUUGGUGCUGCGCAUACCGGGCAACAAGCUCAAUGAUCUGGAGCCCUUUGAAAGCAGCGUUCUGCGCAGCAAUCAAGGUCUGUAUGCCUGGCGAAGGAGGCAGCUGGUGUCGAUUGGAGGACCGGCCAUAUUGCAGCGCUAUCGCAAUGAGCAGCAGGUGCGUGAGUACUUCAGCAGCGAACAGCGGCUGAUCAUGGAGCCCGCAAUGAGUCCGCCCAGCAGGCAGGAUGCCAAGCUGUGGCUGAAGGCAAGGGAACUGCACAAGCAGCGUCAAGGCGAGAAGGAGGAGCUGCGGCCUGCGGGCAAUGAUGUGGACAGCCCCAUCAAAAUCAAGCGUCAGAAAAUAACCAUGAUGCUAAAUGAAGUUGAUGCUGGGGAUGGAGCCAGUGGUGAUGAGGAUGGCGACCUAAAUUGUAGUGGGCUAACGCUGACGCCCAUGUCACAGACGCCACAGCACAGUGGCGCAGCCAAGACGCAGGCCAAGGGCACGCCACUAAGCAGCAAGAUGCGCUCCAAGCGUGCCACAAAACUUCAGUUUGGAGCCGCACAGGAGGAGGAGCCGAGCAGCAGUCAAUCGAGCGAGAAGAGCGUGAGCAGCAAUGCUGCCCUGGAGGCACUGGAACGCAGCUCAUUCGUUAGGAGCAUCAGCAGCGGACGCAACAGUCAUGAGCUGAGCUUCGGUCUCACCAAUGCCACGCUGGACAAUACCUUUGGCUUCAAGGUAAAUCUGGAGAACCUGCAGCAAGCCAAAGCGGACAUAGAGUGCAACUAUUUGACCACCAUGACACUGGAGCUGUUUGUGCCGACGCGUGGUGAACUGCUGCCGGAUCCGCAGCACGAUGAGAUACGCUGCCUGUUCUACGCCAUCGAGCACAGUUUGCCGGAGCAGUCACAGUCGCUGCCGAGCAAAGCGUGCGGCUAUAUUAUUGUCAGCGAUGCUCAGGACAUCUUAAGUGAGGGACGUCAUCAUGGCCUCGAUGCGGACAUUGAGCUGCAGGUGGUGCAGAGCGAGGCACAGGCAUUUGAAGCGCUGCUGGCGCUCUGCACACGCUGGGAUGCGGACAUCUAUGCCGGCUACGAGAUCGAAAUGAGCUCCUGGGGCUAUGUGAUUGAGCGUGCCAAACAUUUGUGCUUCAAUAUUGCGCCACUGCUGUCGCGUGUGCCCACGCAGAAGGUGCGCGACUUUGUGGACGAAGACCGCGAAUCGUUUACAGAUCUCGAUGUGGAGAUGAAGCUCUGUGGCCGGAUUCUCUUAGAUGUUUGGCGUCUAAUGCGCUCCGAGAUAGCGCUCACCUCGUACAGCUUUGAGAACGUGAUGUAUCACAUCCUGCACAAGCGUUGUCCCUGGCACAGUCCGCGUGCCCUGAGCGAUUGGUUCGCCUCGCCCUGCACCCGCUGGAUUGUGCUGGAGUACUAUUUGGAGCGGGUGAGGGGCACCUUGGCGCUGCUCGACCAGCUGGAUCUGCUGGGCCGCACGAGUGAGAUGGCCAAAUUGAUUGGCAUACAGUUCUACGAGGUGCUCUCGCGUGGCUCGCAGUUUCGGGUGGAGAGCAUGAUGUUGCGCAUUGCCAAGCCAAAGAAUUUGGUGCCGCUUUCGCCCAGUGUGCAGCAGCGCGCCCACAUGCGUGCCCCCGAGUAUUUGGCACUCAUUAUGGAGCCGGAGUCUCGAUUCUAUGCUGAUCCGCUCAUUGUGCUGGACUUUCAGAGUCUGUAUCCUAGUAUGAUUAUCGCCUACAACUAUUGUUUCUCGACGUGCCUGGGCCGUGUGGAGCAUCUGGGCAGCAGCAGCCCGUUCGAAUUUGGUGCCUCGAUGUUGCGUGUCUCACGGCAGUUGCUGCAGCAGCUCCUCGAACGGGAUCUGGUUACCAUUUCGCCGUGUGGCGUGGUCUUCGUUAAGCGGGAGGUGCGCGAGGGCAUCUUGCCGCGCAUGCUGAGCGAGAUUCUGGACACGCGUCUCAUGGUGAAGCAAUCGAUGAAGCUGCAUCGUGACAGCUCCGCAUUGCAGCGUGUGCUGCACUCCCGACAGUUGGGCCUGAAGCUGAUGGCAAACGUCACCUAUGGCUAUACGGCGGCCAAUUUCAGUGGGCGCAUGCCCGCCGUCGAGGUGGGCGAUUCGGUAGUGUCCAAGGGCCGAGAGACCUUGGAGCGUGCCAUGAAAUUGGUGGAGACGAACGAGAAGUGGAACGUGCGUGUUGUGUAUGGCGAUACGGAUUCCAUGUUCGUUCUCGUGCCCGGACGCAAUCGAGCUGAGGCCUUUCGCAUAGGCGAGGAAAUCGCAGAAGCAGUAACCGAAAUAAAUCCCCAACCGGUUAAGCUGAAGCUGGAGAAGGUCUAUCAGCCGUGCCUGCUGCAGACGAAGAAGCGCUAUGUGGGCUACAUGUAUGAGACGCCCGAGCAAGAGCAGCCCGUCUACGAGGCGAAAGGCAUUGAAACGGUGCGGCGAGACGGCUGUCCAGCCGUGGCCAAAAUGCUGGAGAAGGUGCUGCGGCUGCUCUUCGAAACGGCGGACGUCAGUCAAAUCAAACAGUACGUGUGCCGGCAAUUCACCAAGCUACUCUCCGGUCGUGCCAAUCUGCAGGAUUUGAUCUUUGCCAAGGAGUUUCGAGGUCUAAAUGGCUAUAAGCCCACCGCUUGUGUGCCGGCACUGGAGCUGACGCGCAAAUGGAUGCUAAAGGAUCCUCGACGCGUGCCACGCCGUGGCGAACGUGUGCCCUUCUGCAUCAUCAAUGGUCCGCCGGGUGUGCAGCUCAUACGUCUGGUGCGUCAUCCACACGAGAUACUGGCCAACGAGGGCUACAAAAUCAACGCGAUUUACUAUAUAACCAAGGCCAUUAUACCUCCACUGAAUCGUUGCCUGCUGCUCAUAGGAGCCGAUGUGAAUGACUGGUUCAGCAACUUGCCACGGAAACUGCUGAUGACACCCGCCCUGUCGGCAGCUGGUGAGCUGUUGAAUCGCGGCAAUGCCAAGUCCACCAUAUCCCAAUACUUCUCAACGACCAACUGCAUCAUCGAGUGCGGCCGCCAGACCAAAGAGGGCAUCUGUUCGGAGUGUGCGCGCAUGCCGACCAAGUGCAUUGUCACGCUCCAGGCGAAGCUGGCGCAGCUGGACCGUGGCUACAGACUGACGCAGCAGAUAUGCCAGGCCUGUUGUGGCAGAGUGGGUGAUCUGCAGUGCGGCUCACUAGAUUGUCCGGUGCUCUAUGUGCUGGAAGUGAAACGUCGAGAGCUGCAGCAGGUGCCAUUUAUACGUAAACAGCUGGAGGAGCGUUUUAAAUAGCUUAAGUUAACUUUGUAAUUAUGUAUAUAUUCUGUUGAGUUUU